AUGGCUUGGCCCAAUGUCCGUAUCAACCCCGCCGAGGGCAUCUCUUACUUCACUCCGGCUCAAAGUCCGCCAGCAGGAACUGCCCGCAACCCCCAAACAAGCGGCAAGCCGAUUCCCAAGCUCUUCCAACCCCUUACCAUCCGAGGCCAGACAUUCCAAAACCGCCUGGGCGUGGCCCCUAUGUGUCAAUAUAGUGCCGACGAUGGCCAUAUGACUGCCUGGCACAUGGCUCAUUACGGUGGCAUCGCCCAGCGUGGUCCGGGAAUGAUCAUCAUCGAAGCUACCGGGGUUCUUCCGGAGGGUCGUAUUACACCCGCUUGUCUGGGUCUAUGGAAGGACUCCCAGAUCGCACCCCUGAAGCAAGUCGUUGAGUUUGCUCACAGCCAGGGUCAGAAGAUUGGUAUUCAACUGGCCCACGCGGGGUGCAAGGCUUCGACUGUUCCCCCGUGGCUAGGCGGUGUCACCGCGACCAAUGAGGUGGGGGGCUGGACGGAGAAUGUUAAGGCCCCGAGCGCUGUACCCUUUGCCAAGGGUGAUAUUGUUCCUAAUGAGAUGACCAAGAAGGAUAUUGAGGAGGUCAAAAACGCAUGGGCGGCUGCUACUAGGCGAGCUUUAGCUGCUGGCGUCGACUUUAUCGAAAUCCACAAUGCCCACGGAUACCUGCUUUCUUCUUUCCUCAGUCCUUCAUCUAACAAACGCACCGACGAGUAUGGGGGUAGCUUUGAGAACAGAACCCGUCUACCUCUAGAGAUCGCUCAGUUGACCCGCGACGUGGUUGGACCUAAUGUCCCGGUUUUCUUACGUGUUUCCGCCACUGACUGGCUUGAGAACAGCCUGCCAGAAGAAAAAGGCUGGAAGCUAGAGGAUACCGUGGAGUUAGCUCGAGUGGUCGCUGCACAGGGAGCGAUUGACCUAAUCGAUAUCAGCACUGGUGGUAUGCACGCCGCUCAGAGAGUGACGUCGGGUGUCGGCUUCCAGGUGCCAUUCGCGACAGCCGUGAAGAAGGCUGUUGGAGGCAAGGUGCUUGUAUCUGCCGUUGGUACUAUAAACAGCGGUGUUCUUGCAGAGAAGAUACUCAACGAGGACAACGUCGAUGUUAUCUUGGUCGGGCGUGCUUUCCAGCGUGACAGUGGCUUGGCUUGGGCUUUUGCAAAGGAUUUGGAUACUGAGAUUGCUAUGGCUGCACAGAUUCGCUGGGGUUUCACCAGCUUCCGCAAUGCGUCGGAGUAUAUCCAGCCGAACUCAAUGAAGGCGUCGAUUUUUGAUUGA